AUGGAUGUGACUCGAAUUGUAACUGCUAUUCAUCACCGUGGGCGAAUUCGAGCCUUUGUUCGUGGAAAGUCACUUCACUCUCAUCUAAUCCGACAUGGGUCUUUGAAUGAUGUGCUCAUUGCCAACAAUUUGAUUGCCAUGUGCAUUGAUUUCUCAUUUUUGAAUGAUGCACAACCAUUGUUCGAAGAAUUGCUUCACCGAACUGUUGUUACUUGGACUCCUGCAUAUACGAAUCUUGAAAGUCCUCAUACAGCUCUUAGACUUUACACCCACAUGUUGGAGACACAAUCUGAGACACCCAACGGUUUUUUGUAUUAUGCUGUUUUAAGAGCUUGUGGUAUUGUGGGUGAUCUUGAAAUGGGUAGAGCAAUUCAAGGUGACAUUUCUAGGGAUGAAUUGGAGUUUGACAGAUAUAGCAAGGAGAGUGAUAUGGUGGAGGCAAAGAAUUUGUUGCAGCAAAUGCUAGAACCGGAUGUUGUAUCUUGGAACAGCCUUCUUGCUGGUUUUGCGACUAAAGGGAGUCAUUUUGCAUUGGGACUUGUAAGCAUGAUAACCAGAAAGGCCUCAAGCUUUGAUGUUUUUGCACUGGCUUGUGCUCUUAAAACCUGUGGUUGUCUGCGUUUGUUAGCAAUGGGAAAACAGGUUCACUGUUAUGUCAUCAAAGCGGGUUUUGAGCGUUAUUCUUAUACAUUAUCUGCUCUCACUGAUAUGUAUGCAAAUUGCUCUGAGCUGGAUGAGGCAAUAAAGCUAUUUGCUAAAUACUUGAGCUGCAAAUCUUCUAGUCACGAUAGCUUGGCUAUUUGGAAUUCUAUGUUUUCUGGUUAUGUUGUUAAUGAACAGUAUGAUGCUGCUAUCGUUAUGGUUGCACAAAUUCAUAGCUUUGGCACACGUUGCGUUAACGUGCGAUCAAAUUUGUUUGCAUUUUGGCUGUUUAAUGAUAUGAUUAGAUUGGGUAAAGAAGUUGAUCAAUUUGUUAUUAAAAGUAUCUUAAAAGCUUGUGCAAGUCUGGCAGAGCAUGGAAGUGGCCAACAGAUUCAUGCGUUCAUUAUGUGUCAAGACUGGCUGCGAAUUUGA